CUGUGCGCUGCAUCGAUGACUCGAGGUGCGACUAGCGCUGCCUGGCCGCUUCCAGUCCAGAGCGAUCGCUGCCGGAGGGGUCUCCCGUUGCUGCCCCGGAGCCCGCGCCGCUGUCGGGGAAGGAGGAUGUUUCGCAACCAGUAUGACAAUGAUGUCACCGUUUGGAGCCCACAGGGCCGAAUUCAUCAAAUCGAAUAUGCCAUGGAAGCUGUGAAACAAGGCUCAGCUACUGUGGGGCUGAAGUCGAAAACGCAUGCUGUUCUGGUUGCUCUCAAGAGAGCACAGUCUGAGCUGGCAGCUCAUCAGAAAAAAAUCCUGUACGUUGACAACCAUAUUGGUAUCUCAAUUGCUGGACUUACUGCUGAUGCAAGACUCUUGUGCAAUUUCAUGCGUCAGGAGUGUCUGGAUUCUAGGUUUGUGUUUGAUAGACCUCUUCCAGUUUCUCGUCUAGUGUCACUAAUUGGAAGCAAAACCCAGAUACCAACGCAGCGUUAUGGCAGAAGACCGUAUGGCGUAGGACUGCUCAUUGCAGGUUAUGAUGAUAUGGGUCCUCACAUCUUCCAGACUUGUCCCUCUGCAAACUAUUUUGACUGCAAAGCAAUGUCCAUUGGUGCUCGUUCACAGUCAGCGCGAACUUAUUUGGAGAGACACAUGACUGAAUUUAUUGAGUGUAAUCUAAAUGAGCUAGUUAAACAUGGACUGCGUGCCCUGAGAGAAACUCUUCCUGCUGAACAGGAUCUGACCACCAAGAAUGUUUCCAUUGGAAUUGUUGGCAAAGACAUGGAGUUUACUAUCUAUGACGAUGAUGACGUAGCGCCAUUCCUAGAAGGUCUUGAGGAGAGACCACAGAGAAAGCCUGCUCCGCCUGCUGAUGAACCUGCAGAAAAGGCAGAGGAGCCAAUGGAGCACUAGUUGGUGGAUGAGGUCCUCUGUGUUAAUGUAUGUCUAAUUAUACAGGAACGUUUAUCCAUUUGCCGGUAACUUUAUCCUCACCUUCUAUGCGUUUUCUGCCGACACAUUCUGAGGAUUACUCCUUAAAAAAAAAAAAAAAAAAAGAAACCAACCCACCUAUCCUUAAAAGGUAGACAGGACAUCACAAUUGGUUGUAUUUUCUUUGACAGGAAAGGUGUAAUCAUUUUCUAAAUAGUACAUGAUACUGUUUUUUAAUGAAAAGCAUACUGUCUUUAACUUGUAAGGACAAGUAGAAAUAAAUAACUUUCUUGGAA